AAUGAAGUAGUAAAAGGAGGGGACGACCGACGGCUGCAGAGGAGAAGGACAGGUUUUCAUUUAGAAACCUUCGGCGUGUGCUUGGCUGCGUUCCCUUCUUUUAUUUACUGAAUUCCAGAGGUGACCAACAGAAACGAGAAGUGAAAAUGAAGUUUAUCAUUGGCAUUGGAGGAGUGACCAACGGUGGGAAGACCACUUUGACUAACAGACUGAUAAAGACAUUACCCAACUGCUGUGUUGUGCAUCAAGAUGACUUCUUUAAGAAACCCGAUCAAAUAGAAGUCGGGGAGGACGGCUUUAGACAGUGGGAUGUGAUCUCCGCCCUGGACAUGGAGGCGAUGAUCAGUACUGUGAAAGGCUGGCAUGAGAACCCGGUCAAGUUCGCCCGCUCGCACGGUGUCAGCCUGUCACCUGAAGCCGAGGAGUCCGACUCUGGAGACAGAGGGAUCCACAUCCUCAUCAUUGAGGGCUUUCUGAUCUACAACUACAAGCCUCUCAUCGACGUCUAUGACAAGUGCCUUUACAUCUCCCUUCCUUAUGAGGAGUGCAAGAGGAGGAGGAGUACGAGGACGUACACGGUCCCUGACCCCCCCGGCCUGUUUGACGGACACGUCUGGCCCAUGUACCUCAGACAUAGGAAAGAGAUGGAGAACAACUGCGACAGAAUAGAGUACAUUGAUGGGAUGGAGCCAAAGGAAAUGAUCUACAACAUGGUGUAUGAAAACAUUCAGAACACCCUUCUGAACAGUUUGUAGCACCACAGGGACGACAGCAGAUUUGUGUAUAGACUUGUAAAUAUGAAUGUGAGUGAAUAGUCAGCAGCAGAGCUCCAGUCUGAUUUGUAAAUAGUCAAUCAUGUAACUUAUGAAGAACUAACAGCAGAAAUGCCGUGUUUUGUAUGAUCCUGUAACUUUUUCACAAAGACGUGCGCCAUCUCUGGACGUCCCAGUGUUUGACAUCAGGGACAGACGUGUUGUGUACCAAACGUCAAAAAUUUUGAAAAGGAAAAUCCCUCCCACGUGGAGGAGGAAUACCUGAAACAUAAAAAAUGACUGCAUCUGAUCGUUGUGUCCCGUGUUCUUUCACCUUCGUUACUCUCACUACACCCACCUGACUUUACAAUCACAACUGUCACGUUUUACAACAACAACGUUGGCAGUACACGUGAGGACGGCUGAUAACAACCUGCCGCCUUUCAACUUCCUGAAAUAAAACUCCCUCUGUAAACAACGAC